UUUAUCAAUAAUUUUUAUUAUUCCGAACGAACGACAAAGAACUACCAUCAUCAAAUUACGAAUCAGCUGCCACAAACUCCGUGUGGAAGAAGCCGAACAAAUGUAUUAGAAUAGUUUUGAAUAGAACCCAUGUUUUAGAUUAGUCGUACAAACCGUGUAUACUGUAUUACGACCUUUCGUAUUUAUAUGCCUGUAUUUAUCCCGAUAGGGCAUGAAUGUGCAAUAAAGGGUAUUAUCAUCAUUAAUAAACGUUACCCGUAAUUCUGAAUUCUAAGUGUUUCGAAAGCUACUAGCAUGUAAGGCAGAUGCCGUUACCGAGUAGGUAAAGUGAACUAAAUGGAAACCCUAGUAUACAUAUAUUCUUUGUACUUUGUUAUCGCCCCUUUGUCAUUGUAUUGACUUUUGUGUAUCUGUACUUGUAUAGUAACUUUGUUCGAGUCAUGUACAGUAGUUUCGUUGUGUCAAUAAAUUACGUCCAUAACUACUAGAGUAACACACUGGGUCUUCCACUGGCUGAUCCACGGAACAUUAGGCACUGUUGAAUACUUUUAGUACUUUAAAUAGUCUUAAAGCCCUUCCUUUAUACACGCUAUGGGUUGACUAUAUAUUUAUUGUGUUAUAAUGAACAGAGGAUUAAAGCCUCUUCGCCUAUUGUAAGCCAUUAAACGCACGCGUGUAGUACAGGUCAUAACGUAAACAAUGUCCAACAUGUCAAUCAAUUAUAAUGUUAAUUAGGAGGCUUGGAUGCAAAUCAGGCGUUUUCACAGCGUAUAUAAAUUCGAACCUCUCAAACCCUGGGUCAUUCAGUGGACUUGAUCUUCACUGUACGAACAUCUCUAAACUCCCGACGAGUUUUAGUAUCUUCAGUGUUCCCUCUUCGCGCCUAUCAACGACAUGGCAGAGUUUCCGUGCGGACAGUGCAAUCAGGAUGCGGACACGUCGCCAUCGAUCAAUUGCGAUCAGUGCGAUCAGUGGAUUCACCGUAAGUGCGUGCCAAUGACACCGGCCAUAUGGGCGGAGUGGCAGACAGCUGAUCUCAAGUUCUUGUGCCCCCGCUGUGUGAAGCCAACAACCCCUGGGGAAGGACCGUACGACAUCAGGGCAGCUUUGAAAAGGGUGGCAGAGGCAGCUGCAACAACCAACAUCAACCUCCGAUCUGUGGUGAAACAGGAGCGCCUUCUGCUGAAGACAUACAAGGUCACCCUGCCCCAACUGACAGAGAAUCACGGAGCUGGGGAGGUGGACGAGACAUCCGUUGGGAUUCUACGCAACUUCCAUCCCGCACUUCUGGAAGACUACAGGCCUAUAGGGGUGCAAGGGGAUGGAAACUGUCUUUAUCGCGCAAUCUCGCAGGGAAUGUAUGGUGUGCAACACCAUCACCACCUAAUCCGACUGCUGACCGCGCUAGAGAUAGCCGAACACCCAGCCCACCAUGAUAUUCAUCACCCCAACCACGUGGACCACAUCAAAGACAGUCGACUUUUUCUGGCCGAGUACAACAUUCUUCUGCCGGAAGCAGCCAUUGAAGGAAAAGAGUCCUGUAUGCAGCAUAUCUUUGCUGCUAGUGCUGCUUUGGGACUUUGCUUUGAAAGCUACUGCCCCCCCAUGGUGCCAUCGGAGUACAUGUCACUGCCAUACACACGUAGAGUGUCAGGGCGAGGAGUCAGAACAUCAAAAGGAGUAGCCUUCACAUUGAUGUGGACAUCAACAAGUGUGGCCAACAGCUCAAGACACAGCACAAGCCAGAUGGCCACCCAUUUGCACGGCAAGUCAUCAGGGGUUACAACAAGUGUGUUAGAUAGCCCGCCAUCUAUGCCAGUGGUGGGCAGCGACAACGAAAGGGCUCUUCGGACGGCCAUAGGAAGAGCAUGGCCGGGAUGUCACCAGCUGUACUGCCAUCGUCACAUCCGCAAAAACUGUUCGGAGUAUCUGCAACGCAAAGUUGGGAUGAGUGAUGCCGCAAGACAACCAGUUAUCGAUGCAAUUUUUGGCAAGAACGGCAUAACUGCAGCCACCAGCAGGGUAGUCUUCGAGGGGCGUCUUCAGCAUGCAGAGGACCUCGCAGAUGCAGGGAACUUUGGUCCAUACUUCCGGGAACAAGUCAAGCCCCUACUACAGUCAAACUUCAACACCACCUCGCGUACAGACUUUCCAAUAAAGACAAAAUGGACAAACAACAAUGCAGAAUCCGCCAAUCACAUCCUAAAAGUCGCUGUGGGAUGGAAACCGCAGUCUCUCCUUGGCCUGGUGCAGAAACUCUCUGAAGUAGUCAGAGGACAGUAUCAGGAAGUUGAACGUGCAAUCAUUAACACUGGCGAAUACAAACUGACCGAUGACUUCACUAGAUUCAGAAUUCACCGAGACACCUGGUGCACGCUGUCAGAGAAGGAGAGGGAGGCCCAUCUGCGACGGUUUGGUAAGGAGAUGAAGAAGCCCAGGCGGCUUGUCAUCAGCACAGAUGGGAGAACAGGUGUGAUGGUACCCUCCCACGGUGGAAAAAAGAAGGGACAGGUCACCCGCAAAAGGGCAAACAGAACUAAAACGUUUUAA